AUGCUUCCACUCCGCAGACGUGGCCGAUUUUACGCCAUAGUCGCUGUGGCCAUGGUUUUUCUGCUGUACCGCUUCACGCAAGAUUCAUGGACACGGUCACCCCACUUCGAUACCGUAAAGAAACCUGACCAGUCUGCCUCUGAGCCUGUACAGGGCUCUAAAGAAGCUUUCGAACCGCCCGUCAUACCGCCGCCAGUCCAGCUCCCCGAUUCAGAAAAGGAUUCUAACUCCGCCAAUAAACCUAAACCGGUCGUAUCGGAGGACGAAACGAAGUCGCCAGAGAAGGUUUCCGAGGGCACACCCGCGAAGAUCGAUACACCGGCGGAAGUCAAGCCAGCCGUUGAGAAACCUAUUCAAGCUGGGGAUGAUACCAAGGGAGGAGUGCCGGGAGAAAAGAUGGAUGACACAAAGUCACCUGCGGAGCAAGGUCCGCCGCAGAUUCCUUCUAUUCAGUUCAAGGAUCCCCCUAAACACGCCGAUAACCCUGAUAUUCCCAUAGUUGAUCUUGAUGGUUCCAAGAUCCACUGGACCAAGCCCAAGGAGCAUUUCCCCAUCCCUCCUGAGUCCAUCAGACCGAUCCCGACUGGCACAGCUCCCAAUGUCUUCAGGAUUCAAUUUGACUUCCAGGCUGAAGAUGUCCAGACAAGUGUCACUCGCCAAGAACGGCUGAAACGUGUCAAGUCCGAAAUUGUACGUGCUUGGUCAGGUUAUCGCAAGUCUGCUUUCAUGCAUGACGAGCUCUCUCCUGCUUCCAUGAAGUAUCGCGACAGCUUUUGUGGGUGGGGUGCGACACUUGUUGACUCGCUCGAUACCCUGUGGAUUGCUGGCAUGAAAGAUGAAUUUGAUGAAGCUGCCAAGGCUGUUGAAAAAAUCGAUUUCACUUACACCGAUCGUAAUGAUAUUCCCGUCUUUGAGACUACGAUACGCUAUUUGGGUGGUCUGAUCGGGGCUUACGAUGUGAGCGGCGGACCCAAUGGACAGUACAAGAUUCUUCUUGACAAGGCUGUCGAGCUCGCUGAGAUCCUCAUGGGCAUUUUUGACACGCCUAACCGCAUGCCAUUACUGUAUUAUCGAUGGCGUGAGCCCUAUGCGUCCCAGCCUCACCGUGCUGGUACUGUUGGAAUUGCUGAACUCGCUACUUUGUCUUUGGAGUUCACUCGCCUUGCUCAGUUGACAGGCACUGCGAAAUACUAUGAUGCCAUUGAUCGUAUCACCGAUGCUCUGGUCGACAUGCAGGCUGCUGGGACAGAAAUUCCAGGCCUAUUCCCGGAACGCAUCAAUGCCUCUGGAUGCAACAGAACCGUCGACACCCAGACAGGAAGCCUCAGCCAAGAAGCUCAGAAGCAAGUCGACGCUGCCGAUUUGACCAAGGAGCCUCAAGGUUUCGACCCUGCAAAGCAAGGUGAACAUGCAGGUUCCCCUCCACAGCUCCCUCAAGACGAUGGUCGUUGGCAAGACAAGCUUCGUCGUCGUGAUGCACCCGAGGAUGAUCAGUCGCCGCCUUCGUCCCCAAGUCAGCAGGCGCCGCCUUUGACCGCGAGCGGGGCCACAGCUGACUGGGAUUGCAAACCUCAAGGCCUUGUUGCUAGCAGUCCAAACGUCGGCGAAUAUCACAUGGGAGGGGCCCAGGAUUCAGCAUACGAGUACUUUCCCAAGCAAUAUCUACUUUUGAACGGUCUCGAGCCCAAGUACCGCGCCCUUUACGAAAACACUAUCGAUGCCAUCAAUGAAUGGCUACUUUACAGACCCAUGAUUAAGGACGAGGGCUGGGAUGUGUUCUUCACUGGCAAAUUAACCACUUCAAGCAGGGGAGACUCAGAGUGGCAAAAGGACUAUGAGAUGACCCAUCUCACAUGUUUUGUUGGAGGCAUGUAUGGACUGGGUGGCAAGAUCUUUGGCCGUGACGGGGACAUCGACAAAGCUAAAAAGCUUACUGAUGGCUGUGUAUGGGCAUAUCAGUCAACCGCAACUGGUGUUAUGCCUGAGUACGCUCAUCUGGUAGCCUGCCCUGCCCUGGAAAAGUGCCCUUUCAGUGAGGAGAGCUGGUACGAGGAUCUUGAUCCUAACAGUGAAUGGCGCGACCGUGAGUUUAGUAAGUGGUCGGAAGGCGAGGCACUGAGAAAGCUCGCUGAAGGCAGUGCUGCUGCCCCCGCUUCGCCCCCUGCUGCAGUCGCUCCCAACUCUCAACCUCCGGUAGCCCAAGCUGGAGCUGGGAACGACCCGCCGGCUCAAGUCCCCAAGGUUGUCAAACGGGCUGGUAUACUGAUGCCAGAACUGGACAAGAGCAUGGAAGAGGAUAGUUCGGAAUUCGGCUCGACUCUCCCUGAUUCUCUGAAACAGAAGAUCGGCUUGAACAAGGCCGAAGAGGAAAAGGCAGACACAAGCAAGGAUGAGACUGAGAAAGUCAAUCCUGUUCAAGACACAGCGGAGAAGUCUUCCGAAGCCAAACCUGCCAUUCCAGAUAGCUUUGAUGCUAGGACGCAUGGUGCACAAGUCGUUUCUCCAGACGACGCGCCUCCAGAGAGGCCUCAAACACACGAGGAAUACGUCAAGUCUAGGAUUGAGAAAGAACGACUACCCCCAGGUUAUACUGAUAUCCAAAACCGGAAUUACCUACUUCGACCUGAAGCUGUUGAGUCUGUCUGGUAUAUGUAUCGUAUUACUGGCGAUACUACCUGGAUGGACAAGGGCUGGAAAAUGUUCGAGGCUACAAUCGCCGCGACCCGUACCGAAUUUGCGAACAGUGCUAUCGAAGAUGUUACAGAUACGACGCAGAACGGUCUUAAGGACGAAAUGGAGAGCUUCUGGAUCUCCGAGACUCUCAAGUACUAUUAUUUGCUCUUUUCAGCGCCCAACGUCAUCAGUCUCGACGAAUGGGUUCUGAAUACUGAGGCGCACCCAUUCAAGAGGUCUAUAUGA